UAUCCCGUCUCCUGCAGCAAAUGGCGGACGACGCCGGUGCUAGAGGAGGUUUCCGAGGUGGCUUUGGCAGUGGGGGCCGGGGACGCGGCCGUGGCCGUGGCAGGGGUCGUGGGAGAGGCCGUGGUGCUCGCGGCAAGGCUGACGAUAAGGAGUGGGUGCCUGUGACCAAACUGGGUCGCCUUGUCAAGGACAUGAAGAUAAAGUCUCUGGAGGAGAUUUAUCUGUACUCUCUUCCCAUCAAGGAGUCUGAGAUUAUUGACUUUUUCCUGGGGUCCUCUCUGAAGGAUGAGGUCCUUAAGAUUAUGCCUGUCCAGAAACAGACCAGGGCUGGUCAGCGAACCAGGUUCAAGGCCUUUGUUGCCAUUGGGGACUACAAUGGCCACGUUGGUUUGGGUGUCAAGUGCUCAAAGGAAGUUGCUACUGCAAUCAGAGGAGCCAUCAUCCUGGCUAAACUGUCCAUUGUCCCUGUAAGGAGAGGGUACUGGGGUAACAAGAUUGGCAAACCCCACACCGUACCUUGCAAGGUGACUGGUCGCUGUGGUUCAGUUCUAGUGCGUCUGAUCCCUGCUCCCCGUGGUACUGGCAUCGUAUCUGCCCCUGUACCAAAGAAACUGCUUACGAUGGCUGGUAUUGAUGAUUGCUACACUUCAGCCAGAGGCUGCACAGCCACGCUGGGCAACUUUGCCAAGGCUACCUUUGAUGCCAUCUCCAAGACCUACAGCUACCUGACCCCUGAUCUCUGGAAGGAAACUGUCUUUGCCAAGUCUCCAUACCAAGAGUUCACCGAUCACUUGGCCAAGACCCAUACCAGGGUUUCUGUGCAGAGGACCCAGGAAGCUGUUCCACCAACCUCUUAAAUAUGUUUGAGGAAAAUAAAUAUUUUAACUGAAA